GGUGUCGGGAGAGGCUUCCCGUAAACCUUCUCUGGCUUCUUGAGGGACCAACGUUGCCGCGGUUUCGGCUUCCACGAUCUGCGUUCGGUCUAAACGGCCGCGGCGGCCCCCCAGUGCCGUUUCCCUUGUGCCUGACUCCAUCCCUAGUCGCUUCCAGGCGCCCGCCCGGGUUCUGGCAGCGGCCGCGGCCGACAUGUUGUGAGGCGGCGGCGUGGUGUCCGAAGGAUGGUUUGGCCGAGGCAGCGGCAACGGCUGCUGGCGGCGGCGGCCGCGGCGGCUCCGGCUCGUUAGAGCCCAGCCCGCUGUGUGUCCGCCCGGCACCGCAGCGAAGCCUGUGUCCCCGGACCUUCCUGUGCUCCGGCGCCGCUGGGGACCGGUUGGGCGACAGCGCCCUCCUCUCUGGGGAUACACGGAGGUGGUUCCUGGUGCUCAAAUCCCCAACCACCUCACGUUCCCGUCCCGACCGGGGCAGUGCUGUGCCCAGAACCCUCAGCUCCCCGAUUUUCCUCCCAACCUCGCCCUGAGUCUCACACGGGGUGUACCUCGUCCUCCGGUGCCAGCCCUCCCCCCUCAUUUUCUGCACCCUCUUCUCCCAGCGCCCCUGGAUCACUCCGAGGGCGGCCUUUUGAAAAACCUUUGUGGAGUAGUGGACCAGAACUGGGGACUUUUUUCAAGUCGAGGCGCGAGAGAUAGGAAGAGACGAUGGCUUCCUCCUCUGGCAACGAUGAUGAUCUGACUAUCCCCAGGGCUGCUAUCAAUAAGAUGAUCAAAGAGACGCUCCCCAAUGUCCGGGUGGCCAACGAUGCCCGGGAGCUGGUGGUGAACUGCUGCACUGAAUUCAUUCACCUUAUCUCUUCCGAAGCCAAUGAGAUUUGCAACAAAUCGGAAAAGAAGACCAUCUCUCCAGAGCAUGUCAUUCAAGCCCUAGAAAGUUUGGGCUUUGGCUCUUAUAUCAGUGAAGUAAAAGAAGUUUUACAAGAAUGCAAGACUGUAGCAUUAAAAAGAAGAAAGGCCAGUUCUCGUUUGGAAAACCUUGGCAUUCCUGAAGAAGAGUUAUUGAGACAGCAACAGGAAUUGUUUGCAAAAGCUAGACAGCAACAAGCAGAACUGGCCCAGCAGGAAUGGCUUCAAAUGCAGCAAGCUGCCCAACAAGCGCAGCUCGCUGCUGCCUCAGCCAGUGCAUCUAACCAGGCAGGAUCUUCUCAGGAUGAAGAAGAUGAUGAUGAUAUCUGAAAUUCACCAGCUGAGGUUCUGUUUCCUCUAUAAAGGUUUUCCCUGCACAAGAAAACAGUGAAAGAAAUGCUUAUCUGUAAUUUUGUAUUCAUCUUGAUGGACUUGCCACUGGUACCCUAGGGAUGUCUGCUAUUGAUUUUCAUCUAUUGUGUGCUAUUCAUGUGAAAACUGUCUCUUUGAACAAUUGAAAAUUUAAGGUUCAGUAUAAUAUCAAUUUUGAAUUUUUAAUGGUGUUUAUGAGAUUUUAGAUAGCAGUGAGUCCUUUAUUGAUCAAUAAACAGUGUUACAGAAAACUUCAACUUUAUAAAAAUACAGUGAAAUUUAUACAGAAACUCUAAAUAUGUAUUUUCAUUUCCUCUGCCCUUUUAACUAAACUAAAAAUUGGGAAUAUUAAAUUAUUGGGGGAGGGGGUGCUGUGUAAUACAGUAGGCAUUAGACCAAAUUGGUUAAAAAGAACGAGUUCAUUUCUGUAGUAUGUGUUUCUUUGUCUUUUAAAAUGAGUAUAUAUAUAUAUAUAUAUAUAUAUAUAUAUAUAUAUAUAGGCUACAUAUAUAUGUGUGUGUAUAUAUAUAUCUAUGUACAUAGAUAUAUACACGCACACACAUAUAUAUGCUCAGAUAAAUAUACUUAUUUGAAAGAAUUUCAAAACAAGACAUUCAAAAACUAGGAAGGGUAUGUUCCAUAGUAGUGUAUAAAUUUGGUGGGUCAUGUUUUUUAUUUUGUUUUUGUUUUAUGUAGAGGUAAAACCUAUGGUUUUAUUAUGGCAUAAUUCAUCUUAAGCUACACUAUUACAUUUCAAAGACUGCCCAAUUUUGAGGACUGUCAUGAUUCUUACUAUUUCACUCCGUUAAUUGUCAGUAGUGUUACUUGCUUAGUCCAUUCAUGUUUAUUGGAACUUGUGAAACAAUUGCUUAGGUUCUAUUGGUUUAACUGAGGUUAAUGAAUAUUCAAACCUUUGCUGGGGGAAAGGAAAGUUAAUGAGCAUGCUUGCUGUAAAAGAGGGGGUUUUGUAAUUUAACUUAUAGUUUACUUAUUGUUUGUUUUUCACAUUACUCUUAAAUUUUUUUUACUAGAUGGCCUACAAUGUCCAAUGCUUCCUUUUGAAAUAUCAUCUCCAUCUUAGAGUGAUAGCUUUAAAAAUUGAUUUGUUUUGUUUUAAAAAGCAUGUCAUAACUAAUCAGUCCUAUAAGAAACAUAAAAAUUGGUUUCAACCUGCUCAUUAAAAGGGAAGAAGCUUUAAUUUGGUUCUCAUAAAUAAAGUAUGGCAAUGAUUUAUAUAGGAAUCCAGUGUGUUGAAGAAAUGGCAUCUUGUUUGUAUUUUGGAAACAAUGGAAAAGGCCACUUAAGAUUGUAUGAGGUAAUCUAAUCUAAAUUCCUUUGUCAGUUGCCAAACUAUUUAAAUUUCUAUAUUCACCAAGCCCAAGGAUAAUUUGUGGCUGUCAAGGAUUUCAAUUUUAAUUGGAGAGCUAAAUAACGUUUACAAGUAUUAGAUUUCUUAAUGAUCAUAUUUUGCACUUUUAGGAAAAGUGAAAUAUUGUUAUACAUUUAUUAAAUACACUUCUCCAUGCCACAAAAAGGUUAAUUUUGUAGAAUGUUUUAAGUUGAAGUUGACAUUGUAUCUAUGACGUGCUUUGGACAACAUAGAAGGGAUUGUGUGUUUUUUUAAAGUUUAAGUACCAAAGGUAGUCUGGUCUAAGACACAGUAAGUUAAUAAGUGUUGGCUUUUCUAAUUUGUACUGUAACAUCCUUAUACUUGCUAUUUUAAGUGUAUCUGUUUCUUAAGUAAACAACUUAGAUAUUUUUCCACACCUUUUUUUUCUGAUGCAGAGUUCAGGUUAAUUAAUAUUUUACUGCAUCUGAUAAUGUAUUAUAUGUUUGAAGCCUAGUGAUUUUGCAUUUGGACAUUCUUGUGAUUUCAUAUGCUGUAUUCUUCAAGCAAUAAAAUUCUGAUGUGUUUUAUAAA